AUGGAGAUUAUUAGCUGUAUCCCAGUACACUAUGACAAUGAAGAAGAGACAGAGGAGGGAAUUGGGCUAGCCAAGGCCACAAUCGACUCAUUACCAGAUUCAAUAGAGGAUCUCCGGAACUUGACGAUAAAUGACUUUAUAAUAUGUGAAGGCAGUGACGUUCAUCAUAGAAAAUCUAUUACUAUUGACUUACUUCAUAUUUUUGAAAUGGAAGAGAAAAAUGACCAAAAAAUCAGAAUGGCUGUUUGGUAUGAGUGGAUCAAAUUAAUCACAGCUCAUAGGGUAUGUUUUGUUGAGUUAGAGGAUAGCGUGAAUUUUACCAGGUGGGUUUGUAGGAUAUCAGAUGAAGGAUGGAAACUGUAUAUGCAGUUAGAAUCCGGUGGUUUAAUAAAACAGAUUGCACAAUUGGAUCUGUAUGUAUUGGAAAAUACAGAAGUUGAUUUAUUUCAAAUGGCAAAGACAUUAUUCAACAUGAACUGUAAUUCAAAUGAUCUUCUAUAUAAAGCACAGACAAAUUAUCAUGCCAUCCAGGAGGAAGUGGAUAGUUUGAAGCAAGAACGAGCUCUUGUGGACAAAGUCUUAGAGGAACGAGAUAACAAGACAAGAACGAUAGUGGUGGGUCUAUUAAAUGAAAAGAAGAAGAAAAUAGCAGAGCUACGUAAAAGACUUCUAAAGGCAUUACCUGAUAUGCCGGAGAGCGAUAUAUCAGACUCAGAAAUUAUCAACAAACAUAUAACAAAUCCUGUAUCAUCACUUAAUUCUCCAGGGAAAAAAGGUAGAAAAGCUAAAUUAAAGAAAAUAGGUUCUAUUAAGAAGCCAGAUAUUAAGAGAAAGAAGUUGAAGCCUUCAAAAUUGGUGCAGAAACCAAAAGCUGAACAUAGCGAUUUUGAUGAUUUCCAAUUUUAUGGUAUAUCAAGAAGAACUCCAGAAAAGGCUGACAAUAUGGAUGAUGAUGUUAAAUUGGAGGACCCAGAAACCGCAGGCCAUGGUAGCAUUGCGAGUAGGGUAAAACCUCGUAUCAAUCUGUCUCAAAAGAUCAAACAAGAAGAAUCAGUUGGUUUAGAAGACGUGCCAUCAGAUGAACAUUCCUUGAUAGAAAGCACGGCCUCUCCGAACCAAAAUACUAAAAACGUUUUGGUGAAAGACGACGAACCAGUGGAACCUCUCACUAAAGUAGAUCACGAAAGUAAUGAUGGCACAGAUACUUCAAUUGGCACUAUUAAGGAUGACGAAGGUGAAAAUGAAAGUGAAAGUGAGACUGAUACCGAUAUAUGA